UCUAGUAAGAAGCUUUGAACACUUAGGGAUCAGGAAAAAGGGUUUUCUUUUAUGAACUCUAGGAAAGCAUCGGAGGUCUAGCAUUUCAAAUGUUUGACUAGCUGUGGGCAAAGAACUUGACUUCCUCCAGUAAGCAGCGCGGGUCCGAGGUCCCAGUUUCUCUCGGGUGGGAUUCAAGGAGGGCCCCUCCUCGGAAGGCAGGAGAGCCGCUGUUACAGCAGGCCGGGAGCGCUGCUGCAGGGCCGAAGGAGGGCAGGGACGCGGUGGGAGAAGAAACCUCUUCCUCCUCCGACGUGCUCCUGCCUCUGCCCUGCUCUCCCCGCGCGGCUCCUCCACCCAGCCCAGCGGCCGGCGGGACCCGGCGGCGCUGAGGCUAUGGCAGACCGGGGCACCGGACCGAGAACCACUCAAAGCCCAAGUCAGGAGAGCGAGUCAGAGCGGGGCUCCUCCAGGAUGGAAGUGAGGCUGCUUCUCUUAGGGAAGCGUGGCGCAGGGAAAAGUGCCACGGGAAACAGCGUUCUGGGUGAAGCCGUGUUCGAGUCCAGGUGCAGUGAGCAGCCGGUGACUAGAAGGUGCCAGAGAGAGAGCGGGGUCACGCAGGGGAGGGAGGUUGUGGUCAUCGACACCCCCGACCUUUUCUCCUCAAUAGAUGACAUCGCUUGUGCGGAUAACAAGCAAUGCAACAUUAAGCACUGCUUGGAGCUCUCAGCUCCCAGCCUCCAUGCCCUGCUUCUGGUAAUUCCCAUUGGCAACUGUACGGUGGAGGACAGACAAACAGCUGAGCACAUUCAGAAGGUGUUUGAAGCAAAAGCCAGGAGGCACACCAUUAUCGUCUUCACUCGGAAGGAUGAUUUGGAUGAUGGCUCGCUGGAGGAGUACAUUAAAAGCAACGCACCUGUUCGGGACUUGGUUCAGUGCUUUGGUGAUCGAUACUGCGCUUUCAACAACAAGGCAACUAAGGAUGAGCAGGACGCCCAGGUGAAGGCGCUCCUCUGUGCGAUCAAGGAUUUGGUGGAAGACAAAGGACCAUAUGCAGUGAACUUAAGGGAUGAAGACAGUAGAUUCCAGGAUUCUGUGAAUGAAGAAACAUCUCAGAGGAAGGACCAUCCACAUGAGCCCCUGCGCAUUAUCCUCGUGGGGAAGAGCGGGACUGGGAAGAGUGCCAGUGGGAACACCAUCCUCAGGAGCUCGGAAUUCCUCUCUCAGCUGAAAGCACAGCCGGUCACCACGAGCUGCCAGGUCAGCAGGAUGAUGUGGAACGGGCAGGAUGUUGUGGUUGUGGACACUCCAUCACUGUGUCCGGAGUCCAGAGCUGAAGGGGACCUAUCCCAGGUCGAGAAGGCAGUCAUUGCCUGUAGGUCCCACUAUAAAGAAGGGAGUACAGUUCUGGUUGUGGUGUUACAGCUGGGACGGAUCACUAGAGGGGACAAAAAGGCAGUGGUGGACCUAAAGCGCAUCUUUGGAGCAGAAGCUAUGGAAUACAUGAUCGUGCUGUUCACAUGGAAGGAAGACCUAGAGAAUGGCAACCUUGAUGAUUAUGUCAAUAACACAGAUAACAAGUAUCUUAAGAACAUAAUUAAAAAAUGUAAGGGGAGAUAUUGUGGUUUUAAUAACAAAGAAACUGGCCAAGCCAGGGAAGACCAGGCAAAAGAGCUUUUGACAAUGGCCAGUGAAGUGAUAAAGUGCAGUGGACAGCAUAAACAUCCCAGUACAUGGCAUGUAGGCAAAAUAAUGAAAAAUAUUCCGAAAAAGCCCUCCAAAUUACUAAGUAAUUUAAAGGAAAGGUUCUCAUUUAUUGUAGAUUUUUUGAUCAUGGCCAUCAAAUCAUCGCUGUGGUGUCUGGGUACCCCAGAGCCUCCUGAUGUAAACAUGGCUGCCAACCCUAACAAUGCUCUGAGGAUCGUGCUGGUCGGGAAGACCGGAAGUGGGAAAAGUGCGACUGCAAACACCAUCCUCGGGAAAAAAGUAUUCGAGUCUAAGAUUGCAGCCCACGCUGUUACCCAAACUUGUCAGAAAGCAUCCCGGGAAUGGAAGGGGAGAGAGCUUCUCGUUGUUGACACCCCAGGGCUCUUUGACACCAAGGAGACCCAGGACAAAACCUGCAAGGAAAUCAGCCGAUGUAUCCUCGCCUCCUGCCCUGGGCCUCACGCCAUCGUCUUGGUCCUGAGGCUGGGCCGCUACACAGAGGAAGAGCAGAAAACCGUGGCGUUGGUCAAGAAUCUGUUUGGGGAAGCAGCCAUGAAGUAUAUGAUCAUCUUGUUCACUCGCAAAGAGGAGCUGGAGGAUCAGAGCCUGAGCGACUAUUUGGAGAGUGCGGAUGGAAACCUACGAAGCCUCAUCCAGGAGUGUGGAGACCGCUACUGUGCCUUCGAUAACAGCAGACACACACACCAGGCUGAGAAGGAAGCUCAGGUGCAGGAGCUGGUGGAGCUGAUAGACAAGAUGGUGCAGAACAACCGAGGAGCUUACUUUUCUGACCCCGUUUACAAGGACAUAGACCAAAAGCUGAGACAGAUGGAGGAAGACUUGAUGAAAAGCUAUACUGAUACAUUUAACAUGCAAAUGGAAAAAGUAGAAGUGGAAUGUGCCCAUAAACUACCAGAAGAAAAGAUGAAAACAAUAAAAUCGAUAACAGAGAAGUAUAAUGAACAAAUGAAAAAUGCAAGGGAAGAAGCUGAGAAGAGUAUAUUGCAAGCCGUUUUUGACGAGAUUAAAGACAUGCUUUCAAAAAUAUGGCAAAUUUUGUGGAAGUAAUGUACUGUAAUUUUAUUUUUACUUCUCAGUUUACUAUAGCUUGUUAAUAUGAAAGUAAAAGUGAAGUCGCUCAGUCGUGUCCAUCUCUUUUCAACUCUAUGAAUUGUAGCCUGCCAGGCUCCUCCGUCCAUGGAAUUUGCCAGGCAGAAAUACUGGAGUGGUUUGCCCUUUCCUUCUACAGGGGAUCUUCCCAACCCAGGGAUGGAACUCAGGUCUCCAACAUUGCAGGCAGACUUUUUACCGUCUGAGCCACCAGGGAAUCUAUUUCUUGUUAAUAUGGUGCUUUGUAUUUUCCUAAGAUGGUUAAAACCAUAUCUUGUUUCUGAUUUCUUCUUACAGUCUAGCCUUACUCUCUCCAUUGAGUUAUGGGUCUAUGUCCCCUACCUUGAAAUUGAAUGGACUUUGUGACUGCUUUGAGAAAUAGUGGGUGGCUGAAGCAACACCAUGUGACUUCUAAGGUUGGAUAGGGAAAAAUGCCUCCUUGCUCUCCUGCGGUGGUUACCCUUGGAAUUUGCCCACCAUGUUGUGAGGAAGCUCAAGUAGAAGCCAAGUCACCCCCAUGAAGAGGAUCUGAAGUCACUGACCCAGUCCCUGGAUGAUACUUCAUCCGCCAGCCAGAACCAUUUGCUGGCCAUGCAAGUGAGGCAACACAGAGUGAAUUCUCUAGCUGCCAACUGAUGAAACUGCAAAGAGCAAAGAUGAGCCAUUCCCAUGGGGUCCUACCCAAAUUGCAAAUUCAUAAGAAAAAUAAAUGAUUGCUGUUGUUUUAAGCCACUAAGUUUGGGGAUGGUUUGUUAAGGAGUGAGCAUCAACCACAAUUAAAUGUCUCUGAAGCUCAUUGCCCAGCACUCCUGGCUCCCACCUGUCCUCACACACAAUGCCAAUGAAUUUAAGAGUUUAUGGAAUUAACACGCAGAAAUUCCUUGCAUUCCUAUACACUAACAAUGAAAAAACAGAAAGAGAAAUUAAGGAAACAAUACCAUUCACCAUUUCAACAAAAAGAAUAAAAUACUUAGGAGUAUAUCUACCUAAAGAAAGGAAAGACCUAUAUAUAGAAAACUAUAAAACACUGAUGAAAGAAAUCAAAGAGGACACAAAUAGAUGGAGAAAUAUACUGUGUUCAUGGAUUGGAAGAAUUAAUAUUGUGAAAAUGACUAUACUACCCAAAACAAACUAUAGAUUCAAUGCAAUCCCUAUCAAGCAACCAAUGGUAUUUUUCACAGAACUAGAACAAAUAAUUUCACAAUUUGUAUGGAAAUACAAAAAAACCUCGAAUAGCCAAAGCAAUCUUGAGAAAGAAGAAUGGAACUGGAGGAAUCAACCUGCCUGACUUCAGACUACUACAAAGCCACAGUCAUCAAGACAGUAUAGUACUGGCACAAAGACAGAAAUAUAGAACAAUGGAACAAAAUAGAAAGCCCAGAGAUGAAUCUACAUACCUAUGGACAGCUUAUCUUCGACAAAGGAGGCAAGGACAUACAAUGGAAAAAAAACAACCUUUUUAACAAGUGGUGCUGGGAAAACUAGUCAACCACUUGUAGAAGAAUGAAACUAGAACACUUUCUAACACCAUACACAAAAAUAAACUCAAAAUGGAUUAAAGAUCUAAAUAUAAGACCAGAAACUAUAAAACUCCUAGAGGAGAACAUAAGCAAAACACUCUCCAACAUAAAUCACAACAGGAUCCUCUAUGACCCACCUCCCAGAAUAUUGGAAAUAAAAGCAAAAAUAAACAAAUGGGACCUAAUUAAACUUAAAAGCUUUUUCAAGCAAGGUGAAAAGACAGCCUUCAGAAUGGAAGAAAAUAAUAGCAAACAAAGCAACAGACAAAGGAUUAAUCUCAAAAAUAUACAAGCAACUCCUGAAGCUCAAUUCCAGAAAAAUAAAUGACCCAAUAAAAAAAUGGGCAAAAGAACUAAACAGACAUUUCUCCAAAGAAGACAUACAGAUGGCUAACAAACAUAUGAAAAGAUGCUCAACAUCACUCAUUAUCAGAGAAAUGCAAAUCAAAACCACAAUGAGGUACCAUUACACACCAGUUAGGAUGGCUGCUAUCCAAAAGUCUACAAGCAAUAAAUGCUGGAGAGGGUGUGGAGAAAAGGGAACCCUCUUACACUGUUGGUGGGAGUGCAAACUAGUACAGCCACUAUGGAGAACAGUGUGGAGAUUCCUUAAAAAACUGGAAAUAGAACUGCCAUAUGACCCAGCAAUCCCACUUCUGGGCAUACACAUGGAGGAAACCAGAUCUGAAAGAGACAUGUGCACCCCAAUGUUCAUCGCAGCACUGUUUAUAAUAGCCAGGACAUGGGAGCAACCUAGAUGCCCAUCAGCAGACGAAUGGAUAAGGAAGCAAUGGUACAUAUGCACAGUGGACUAUUACUCAGCCGUUAAAAAGAAUUCAUUUGAAUCAGUUCUAAAGAGAUGGAUGAAACUGGACCCUAUUACAGAGUGAAGUAAGCCAGAAAGAUAAACAACAAUACAGUAUACUAACACAUAUAUAUGGAAUUUAAAAAGAUGUCAAUGAUAACCCUACAUACAAAACAUAAAAAGAGACACAGAUGUACAGAACAGACUCUUGGACUCUGUGGGAGAAGGUGAGGGUGGGAUGUUCUGAGAGAAUAAAGGGUGAAACAGAUCACCAGCCUAGGUUGGAUGCAUGAGACAAGUGCUCAGGGCUGGUGCACUGGGAA